GGUGCAACACAGGCAGAGCUUACGGUCAUCUCUUACCUCAUGGCGUUGCAGUGAAGGAGUUCCGGUGAUUAGUCCUUGGGAUGCAUGGGCGUGUGGCACGCACAGGUGAACCACGUCAGGUCAUCACGGCCACUGCGCAUGUCGACCCCGCACGUCCUUUUGCACGGCCGCAGCACCCAACUGUACCCCUCCCUCUUCCCGUCCUCUGCGUCCUUUCCCUUCUAACCCCCACCGCUUCACAUGCUCCUGUCCGUCACUCUCCACCUUGCCUAGAUAAAUAACCCCCCACCCUCGUCUUUCCUCCGCCACAAUCUCAACCUUCCUUCCUCUGUUUCUGCUGCUCCUGGUGACGAAAAAGGGUCAGUAUGGUGGUCAAGAAGCAGAGCAAGCUGGUUCAGACUCAAGUACUGAAGCAGAUGCUGAAGCGGUGCUCGAGCUCUGGGAGGGGGAAAGGGCCGCCGGUGGACGUUCCCAAGGGCCACUUCGUCGUCUACGUCGGCACGAACCGGAGCCGCUUCAUCGUGCCCAUCUCCUACUUGGACCACCCCCAGUUCCAGGGCCUCCUCCGCCAGGCCGAGGAGGAGUUCGGCUUCCACCACCACAUGGGCCUCACCAUCCCCUGCGACGAGACCGUCUUCCGCUCCCUCACCUCUGCGCUCAAAUGACCACCUUUUUUGCCAUCUCCGACGUGCUCGGGAUGGAUUAGUGUGUAUACUACAUGGCGUGCCGGUCGCGCCAUCCAACCGUACGCCAUAAUUUGUUGAGGAGAAGAGGAGAAGUUGCUCCUCUGUCACUGCAACACUCUCUCUCUCUCUCUCUCUCUCUGUCUCCCAAGUAUUGUCUGCUUAGAACUCUGUUCUCUGAGUUCUUGCAGCAGCGCAGCUCAAACUUCUGCUUGAUGCUAAGAACCAGAACAAGUUAAGCAUUAAGACAUGAACGAUAUGGAGUGUAGUGUGAGAUCUACGGUUGAUUCACGGUAGAACAAA